AUGCUCUGGAGAGCAGAAGCCCUGGAGAGGAAAACCCCCUUUUGUGCGCACCACCCCAUCGGCGCGGAGAAGAGCUCUCCCGGUCAGCAGCCCAUCAUCACGCAGAGCGCCACCCUCACCAAGAUCACCUUUGGCAGCUCCCACCACCCCCCCCCGGCCUUCAGCAGCGCCGAGGCCGCCGCCAAGCCCAGCCCCGAGGCCGGCGCCGCCCCCCCCGCCGCCAAGCCCUCGGUGUCCGACAUCCUGAAGAUCUCCAUGAUGGAGGCAGAGAUCGACCCCAUGGUGGUGGACUCCUCCAGCGACUGCAGCCCCCGGGGGAAGGGCCUGCAGGUCCAGGCCAGGUCCGGCACCCUGGACGCGGGCCAGUUCAUCAGCAGCUCCGAAGCCAGCCGGCUUCUCCCAAAGUCGCAGCCGUUCGGCCGCAUGCAGGGCCUGACCGCUCAGAGGAGCAAGGAAGACCUGGAGGUCAUCGAGGUGAUCCCUCAGUACUCCAUCCUGCCGGACUCCAGCCAGUCCAACGUGGUGGUGGAGCCCAGCGGCUUCCUGGAGAUCACCAACUACACCAGCCAGCAGCUGGAGGAGGACAGCCCCAUGGAGCAGGAGGUGGACAGCAGCAACGACGAGGCCGCCGCCGCCAGCCCCCCCCCCCGGCCCUCCCCCCCCCUCCAGACGCGUGGCACUUUACUACUUUGAACCAGCAGACUGAGCAUUUAUCUGAGACCUCAGACGUAGCGUACCCAGACUGUGUUUGUGCUUAAAGGAUCCGUGUCUGCCCCCCCCCACAGCGAUGGCAUGGUGUUUUACUGCCAUAUGUGGGAGAAAGGUGGGAGCGAGGUGGAAGGAUUAGUUUUAGUCCCGGGCAGUUUGGAAAUCAGCGUGCGUUGGCUCUGCUCCUCACAGGACUUUGUGAGCCCCCCCCCCCCACGGGGCCAGGAGCACUGGGGGCUGUCUGGGUCCUCUGUCCAUCAUUUCACUGCAUUGGUUCUAACGGCUCGUGUGCAGAGGGAUGAACAGUAUUUUCUUUUGACUGGCUUGUUUCUGCGGAGACUGAUUUCAGUUUUCAGACGGGACCACCCAUCUGAAGCAGUCUGGCUUUUCUGGCCGGAACAGGGGGCAGAAGCAGGACUCCUGAGAGAGGCUCAGCCGGACCUUUGUGUUACUAAGCGCGCUGUCAAAGCAGAUGAGAGCAGAUUAGGUGACCUACCUGCAGUUUUAAACAAGCUACAGUGAACAUUUCAAGAAAUAUGCAUUUUUAUUUGCAUUGUGUCUAAACUGCAUUUGUUUUUUUUACCUUUACAAACUAUACGACUAGCUGAGAGAAGUCAUUUAACCUGCACAAUAAAUCACCUGAGUAGAA